AUGUUAGCGGCUGCCCGGGCCUGCCCCGGCCCGCCCCGCCCGGGCUCCCCGCGGGCCGCGUUGGGGCCGGGUUCGGGACUUCCCAGGCUUGCGGGGUCCGCGCUGUCACAGCCGCCUCCGCGCCGGGCGGGCAGCGGGGGGUCCCGGGUCCCGACGGCAGCGGCGGGGCCAGACCCGAGCGGGGCCCGGCCCGGGGAACUGGGGCGCGGACACGAGGAACCGAACCGCGGUUCCCCCGCCCCCGGGGAAGGGGCCGAGGCGGCGGCUGAGCCCCCCACACCCGCCCCGGGCCCCGCCGCCGCCCGCUCCCCCCCGCCCUGGGGCCAGGCCCGGGGCUUCGCGCCCUCUCGAAGCGUUUCCCUUCGGCCCGGAGCCGGCGGGAGCUCCGUAUCUGGGCCGGGCCGGGCCGGGCGCCCCGGUGCCGUAGCUGCUGGCUGUCACUUGGCCCGGGGACAGAUCCCCGUGGGGCGGCAUCGAGUCAAGUUUGGGAGCAUGGGGACAACGGGCUUGAAGUGGGACUUCUGGUUGAAGGAGCUGGUUCUUGAUAACUGCCGCUCGGAUGAUGGGAAGAUCAUUGUCAAUGUCCACUUGAUGUCUGUCUCCAAUCUCCCCAAACUCAACAAACUCCGGAAGGUGACUGAGUUGAUAAACAGGGUUUCUGGUGGCCUUGAAGUCUAGCAGAGAGAACUCCUAACCUGGACACACUUGAAUCUAAAGCGGCAAACAAGAUUAAAGGACAUCAAUACCCUGGAGCCCUUGAAAAAGUUGGCCCAAACCUGGCAUAGUCUGGGACCUCUUCAAACGUGUGAGGUGACAAUGUCAUCAAACUACCGGGAGAGGUGUUCACCCUUUACUGCCCAGCUCACCUACCUAGAUGGGUUUGAUGCUGAUGAUGAGGAAAGCCUGACUCACCCUGAAGCAGAUGGGGAAGGACUGGAAGAUGAAUAUGAAAACGGGGAAGAAGGUGGAGAAGAGGAUGAUGAGGAAGAAUGAUUUGAUGAAGAAGUCAUUGAUGAUGAAGAAGAUGAAGAUGAUGAUCUGGAAGGUGAAGAGGAGGGAAGAAUGGAGGAGGAAGAUGAGGAGGAAGAUGGUGAGGAUGAUGAAGAAGAUGAAGCUGAUGAUGACCUUCCACGAGGGGAAAAGAGAAAACGAAAUCUUGAGGAUGAAGGAGAGGAAGACCCAGAAGACGAAGAGGACGAUGAGGAUGACUGAUCCGAGCGAGCCAAUCAGUUUUACAGACUAUGACUGUGCUUGUCUUAACCUCCCCGUUGUGUCUAUGUGAGACUGUAAAUCCCCACCUCCCACUCCUCCUCCUCCCCCCUUUGUAUGGCUGCAGCGUCCACAAUAUAUUUUUUUAAGAUGUAGAAUACUGUAGGCAUUCAGGGGAAUCUUCCAUACAAGGCUCACUUUCUCACAAGUUUCUCAUGACCAAAGGCUUUCUCCGUUCUGUGGUUUGUGCAGCAGUUUGCAAAAAAAAGAAAAAAAAAAAAAAAAAAAAAACACAAAAACAA